ACAGGGUUUCUGGAAGCAGUCAAGUUGUUGACAGAGGCGGGUGCAGACAUCAACGUUCUUGACGCCUCAGGGAAAACAGCCCUUCACCGGGCAGCAUUCUAUGGAAAACAAGCCACCGUUAAAUAUCUGUGGAAUACCGCAAACAAAACGCUGCGAGACAGGGAAGGAAGAACGGCUUUGCAUCUCGCAGCGAUUUCGGGAAAGUGGAAGACAGCAGCAUGGCUGGUUGACAAUGGUGCCGACGUCAUGGCCAGGGACCGGCACAUGAUGCUAGCUUUGCAUCAAGCUGCUUGGGAUGGGAUACUCGAUGUUGUACAAUUGUUGUGCAAGAAUAAUGCCACUGCUGGGAACACUCCAGGCUCGCUCGGUCGAACACCACUGUAAUGCGCGGUCGAUAAUGGGCAAGAAGCAGUUGUCCAAUGGCUCCUCGAACAGGCCGGGGCCGAAAUAGACC